AGAAGAAAACAAGCACCAGCACCCGGGAUCGUUUUGAAUGAACCUUCCGUUUUUAAAAUUCACCUUUUUAUAUCUAAUCUUUUCGUUUGAUUUUCCUGGAUCUGCUGCUUGCCUUUUAGCGUUACAAUGUCCGGAAUACCUCCAGACAAUUGGCAGCCGCCCACCGUGUCUUUAGAGACGACGAUGGGGACCGUUGUGGUGGAGCUUUACUGGAAUCAUGCACCCAAAACCUGCAAGAACUUCGCAGAGCUGGGCAGAAGAGGCUACUACAACAACACCAAGUUCCACAGGAUCAUCAAAGACUUCAUGGUGCAGGGGGGGGACCCUACAGGAACAGGGCGAGGCGGUGCCUCCAUAUAUGGUAAACAGUUUGAGGAUGAGCUGCACCCAGAGCUGAAAUUUACAGGUGCUGGGAUUCUGGCCAUGGCAAACGCGGGACCAGACACCAAUGGAAGUCAGUUCUUUCUCACACUCGGACCAACGCAAUGGCUGGACGGGAAGCACAGUAUUUUUGGAAGAGUGUGUCAAGGCAUAGGAGUGCUGAACCGGAUCGGACUGGUGGAAACAAACAGUCAAGAUCGUCCGGUUGAUGAUAUCAAAAUUGUCAGAGUCACUCUACCUAUUUAGAAAAUGCUUGUUUUAUGUUCUCGUUUUUUUUCUACUGCUUUGGAAAAUAAAUAUUUGAUAAUC